AUGGUAUUGUUUUAUCCUCAUUUUACUAACUCGUGCAAGUCAUUACGAUCAUGCUAUGCAGAUAUGUUGGACAAGUUACUUGAUGUAGAAGAAGAUGCAUGUAUCGAAAACGUAGCCAUAGGAGCUAGUACGGUGACUAUUUUCUUAAAAGCUCUUAAACAGUUUUGUGGUGAUGUUAUUGAUGUACGCAGUGACGCCUUAACGUAUGAAAAUAGAAUACUUUAUGAGGUUGUAUUGAAUAGCUCAAACGAGGUAGACACGUCAGAAGCAAAGCCAGUGAUUAUGUUAGAGGCGGGCCAACGAGCCGGCUCCCAGUCUGUGAUGUUGGCUCUAUACGUCAUAGAGCAGCUGGUGGCUUGUGAAGAAUAUGAGGAUAUGUUGGAGAAGGUGGCCUGGGUCAUCCUGCCCAGUACAAAUCCAGAUGGACAGGAAUACGUUAGAUGUAAACGAGAAGAGUGGAAUAAGAAUAUGUUUCCAUUACAAGAAACAUUCACUUUCGGUGUGGAUAUCAGCAGAAAUUUUGACGACUCUUGGAGCAGUUGCCGGUCUACUGAAAAUAUAUUUUCUUCUGAAUACCCGGGGCCUGGACCAGCAUCAGAAAAUGAAACGAUAUUCAUUAGCAGUGUCAUCGCAAAGUAUAAACCAAAUUUAAAAGCUUAUUUGUCAAUUAGGCGCGAUGGUCAUUCAAUAUUGUAUCCAUUUGCAAGCAUAAGCAGCUCGCCCGCAAGUCCAGUUCAGAUUAAAGCGGGUGAAAUUGCUGCAAAAGUUAAUCAAAGGUCUGGCACUCUUCAAUGGUUUGCCAAUAUGAGUAUUUACGAGAUGAAUGGGAAGCCGUGGUGUGGCCACAGCGUUGAUUACGCAUACAAUAAACAUGGAAUUGCCUACUCCUUCGAGAUGCGAGUUUUCCCGGAAUCCGAUAAUACUAUAAUGUCCAAGUUUCAAUCACUACCGAAAGGGUACGACGCCUCUUUACGUAACGGUUAUUUUACUGGAAUCAGAGAGCUCUACAACACAGUGGUUAGCGAAAAAACAACGCAGCGCAAUCUAAUAAAAUAGUGAUUUCGCAUUGCGUAACUCAACAGCAUAUCAAUUGAAAUGACUGAACGAAGAGAAAACGUUAGUUUAGCAGCGAACGGUGUGAAAAAGAAGUACAAUAACUAACGGUGUAAAAAUUAUGAGCGAUUGUUAUAUAAUGCAAUAUUUAUUUAGUACAUAUUAGUAUAUCUACGAUGUAGGAGUCACUUUUCCACUCCGGGUAGGAUGUCGGUCAUGCGCUGUGGUGGGUGCCGAGCGCGCUUGCGUUAGGGGUGGGGCCCGUGGCCGUUCAGCCCGCUGCCAUUCUGUAGUCAGCCGCGGCGGCGGCAGGCCGUCUUCCCCAACUCCUCUCACCAACAGUAACACUCUAC